GCUCGCUGCUGGGCUGCGCAGUCUCGUGUUUGAACGACGACGGCUUCCCUUCGCAUCCCAACUGUUCUUCUCUUCUUCUCUUCUUCUCUUCUUCUCUCUCUCUUCCAAGGUUGUCUCUCUCCCCCCGUGUACUCUCUUAACCUCAAGCAUCUCCACCACCGUGUCCUUGUCUCGUCCUCAUUUCCCUCCUCCCUCAGCGUGUAGUCCUCAGUCACCCCCAUCCUCCGAGCACCUCUCCUCUCUCCAUCCAGUAGUCAACCCACUCGUGUCGUCUCUCAAGUGCCUGUUUGCCUUGUGCUUUUUUCUUCUUUGACUGUCAAGAACUGACUCUUUUCUGAGCACUUUUUGGCUUUGUUUUUCCUAUUAUUCCCUCCACCUGGAUUCAUCUCCCGUUUAAAUAUUUGUCUCCAUUGGAUGGUCCAACCAGGGGAUUUACUAGAUCUGAGAAAAAUUGGAUCCAGUUGUCAGAAUCCCACCAUAGAUUUGCCAGCUAUCUCAUCUCGGCUUGUCUCUUUGAAUCGAGGACGCUUCGUCUUGCAGAUCCCGGUGCUCGAUCCUGAAUAGUGGCCUCAAUUUUUAUUCUUACAUCCCAAGUGAGUCAUAACAGUCACUACGUUCCAUGUUUCCUUCUGUCGGGGAGGGGAGACGAAAGGGUGUAGGCGGGCUGCUGUGUGUAUUGUUGUCGUUCCUGUGCUAACUCGUUCUAUUCUCCUACAUAAAGCCAGUGAAUCCCCCCCCCCCCCCCCCCCGUCGCAAGUAUGUCCGAACCCCGGGUUCAUUCUCGUCGUCGACCUUUUUAUAAUACGAACCUCCCCCACCUCUCGACUAUAUCUUCUUCUUCUUCCUCUUCUCCUUCAGAUCAGUCGUCGGACCCAGCAUGUCGUCGCUCAACACUACCCCAUAGCAUGACGUUGAAGAAAGGUGCCACCUUCCACUCUCCAACGACACCGCCGUCCGAGGAUUCUGAUCCGAUCCCCAACUUCCACUCGCUGCUUCGACGCUCCCCUACCUGCUCAAGGUCCCUGGAGGAUGUCAUUGCUGCCGGCGAAAGACGCAGGGCUCUAUUCUUAGACAAGUUCGAGCGUAACAUCUCCGGUCUUGGAGGCGACUUUUCUACUCCUCCUCUGGACAAAUAUUCUUGUGAUGACGACUCGCCUCUUCCACGUGCAUUGUUGGACGCCCAAUUGACUAACACUGACCCUAUGAAUGUCGAAGUAGACUCAAUAAAGAAAGAUAGAGAUUUCAAAGCUGUCCGUGAUCAGGAUCGCUCUCGCCGUCACUCCUGCGAUAGUGGAAUUGGCUCCUCUAUCAGUGGCGCCAGUAUGUCGUCCACUACCGAUACGCGCGAACAAGUUCGCAAAGCUACACAUUCACUCAAAGACCAGGUGACUAAUGUUAUCUCAACUCAAUCGGCCAUCAAUAGAUCUAUAUCAUCCACUGCAUCCUUGCCUCAAGUCCCCACCUUUGGCGUUGCAGCUCGCAAGAACAUCGAUCGUUUUAUCCUCGUUCCUAUUCUUCGCGAAAAACGACUAUCCCCAUUCCACCCCUUGAUUCGUACGGUGCCCAACCGGAUUGAGAGCAGAGAGAUCUCGUGUCUUCGAGACCUUGAAAAGAUUAUUCUUUUCCUAGCACCACGGUACACCCAAUCAAAAGCAGCCUAUAUUGGAUUCUGCGAAUUUACUAUUCAGUGCCUACACACCACCGUCGGGUACUUGAAUGAUCGCGACCAGCGAAGACCUUACGAUCGUCCUUACACGAACGGCUAUUUCCUUGACCUAGUCGAACAGAUGCGUCAGUACGCCGCUAUGGUCGGCGCCUCUCGAGAAAGGCAGGGCCCCCGCCCCCGCUCGAGAACCACUGAAAAUAACACCGAAUAUUCAUCUGAUGAGGAAGUCACCCUUGAAGGGGGAUUGAGUGUCACUGGACGCCCAGCAGAAUUAGUCCGGCGAAAGAAAGACAAGCAAACUAUCUCGCUACGUACGGGAAAGCCUUACGACGAAAAAGCAUCUCCUAUCAUCCCGAUGAUAAAACGUACACUGAGCAUGGAAUCGUGCGAUGAUGGCGUUGCCCGUUCGAUGGCUCGACGAAAGAAGAAUGCACCACCCCUUGACAUAAACCAGAAAUGCAAGGACUGCGAUAAAGUCUUCAAGAGACCCUGUGAUCUUACUAAACACGAGAAAACCCAUUCCAGACCAUGGAAGUGUGCAGAGCAGUCAUGCAAAUAUUUCAAAAUCGGCUGGCCAACUGAGAAGGAGAGAGACCGUCAUGUGAAUGAUAAGCACUCCAAAUCUCCACCUCUCUUCAAAUGCUAUUACGAAAAUUGCUCUUACCAGUCCAAGCGACAGAGCAACUGCAAGCAGCAUAUGGAGAAAGCUCACGGAUGGCUUUACAUUCGAUCCAAAAAUAACGGUAAAGGUGGUAGCCGUGUGGCAGGCUCAGGUUCAGGCUCAGGCUCAGGCCAGCCCACUCCUCGCACCCCUAGUAUCCAAACUCCCAACUCUGGAAUCAUGGAUCUACCAACCCCUCAGACCCACCCAUCUCCGUCCCCUUACUUGCCCAGUGUCUCUCCUUAUGAGCAAAGUCUACAGUAUACUAGCCCCCCUAGCGGUUACCCACUGAACGACAUGAUAGAUCCACAAAAUCAGGAUUUCCAACUCUUCCCGGAUUCCACCACAAACAAUAACCUUUUUGAUGACUUCAAUACCAACAACGCGUUCGCCCCACAGUUGGACUUUGGCGCUUUCCAGGCUAGCUUGGAAGCUAGUGAUCCAAAUGAAUACGUCCCGAGCUUGGACAUGCACAUUCCCUCCGUGCCCUCGAGUGCAAACACGCCCAAUGGAUCCGGACCCAUGGGAUCUGGUGGUCUGCUGGACGAAACAGCCUUCGAUCCAACUCAUGCAACCCCAAACUUCGACUUCGACUUUGAUAACCUCGACAACGAGUACACAGUCAUGAACAUGCAGCUGCUCACUCCAGCCCAAUCAGUUGAGGUGCACGGUCUGCCCUCUUUCACGCGGAAUCCGUCCCCAACAUGCCCGGAGCCACAGCAGAAGCUUAACAUCAACCAUAACCUCUCCCCUGCUGGUCAGGGGAAUUUGAUGCUUUACUCUCCCAAUUCGCAGGAGCGCGAGCGGAAUUUAGAUCUGGACUUGGAUCUGGAUAUGGAUGAGGGGUUUUAUGAUGGGUAUGAUCAUUAUCACAACCAGCGUAUGGGCAUGAACAAACCAAGUGGUGACUUUACGCUCUAUGAGAGUCCGUCCACCGCAUCUGUCGACAGUAUUAGUAAACAGGCAAGUUACGGUUUCGGAUCGCAGCAGCAGCAUGCCCACAAUUUUCCAGCGCUAGAUAGCUUCACCAACGGCGAGAGUGGGCGGUUCACGGACCCUGGUGCGGAUGCGAAUGUGAACGGAGGGGAGUGGAGUGUUGAUCAGAUUGAUCCGAUGGAUUUAAAUAGGGAUGUUGAUGAGUAUAUUAUGGGUGGUUUCUAAGUGGUGUUUUUAGCGCGUGGUGUUUAGAUUUUGGUGGGCUUCGAAGACCGAUAGGAAGAUGGUGCUGUAUCCCAAGCACACAAGGGCUAUUUUUUUUCUUAAUUUUAACGAUGUUCAAGUGUUCCUUGUUUCAUUUGGAAUUCUACAGUCAUCUAUUCUGAUCUGAUCUCUACUCCCAGCCUCACAAUCCGACGUUCGCAGAUCAUCACCAAUCCCUGUUGAUUUUAAUUACUCAAAUCUUGCUUUUGAAUAUUUGUCCCCUUUUGUGUCUCUAAUAAUAAUACAUUUCCGGUUUAUCGUCCAGAUUUGAUUUUGAUUUUGAUUUAAUCCUGAGUUUUCUUUUACCAUCUCGCCUCCGAUGUUUUGCUCUUAGUGCAACUGAUGCCUCUCCUUAGCUAUAUAUGACUCACUGGCUUUUGUGAUGAUAGUUUUGUUAUUGGCAAUAGGUAUACAGAGCACUAUGAAUAGAGACAGAUGAAUUAUGAUGUGAUACCUGUCUUUUGUGAGAUGUGUUAUGUGAAUGUGAACAGAUAUGAUGAAUAACAGAUUAAUUGCUGUCUUUUGUUUUGUUCUCUCUUUUUCUUCUUGUGAAUGUGUUUUCUCAUUCUGAUCUCUAUGUUCUCUCUGCUGUACUCCGUACAGAUGACACUCAUGUCUUGUAUAACUUACUAAGUUAUUACUAUAUGCACUAGAGAAU